AUGUCUUCUGCCCAACAGCACAUCCACUCCGUGCCCAAAUUUGAGAGCUCUCAGCAAAAGAGUGAAGCCUUCAUUGCCUUGUUAUUCUCAGACAAGACUCUGGCAUCUGGAAAGAUGCUGCUGAAUGAAGUCACAGUUGGGAAGCCACAUUUUGAGGAGGAACCAGCUCCAGGCACACAAGAAGCUGCGGAGCUUGGUGAACCAAAACUGGCAGCAGUAGGGGAGCCAUUAUGA